GUUAGGCCAGAAGAUUCCAAUGCUGAGGAGCAGAGGAUCGACGCGUAGACAUUUCCUUCGGCCACAGGGUUGGGAUGGCUACCGCUCAACCAGAGAGGGCAACCGUUUAGCACGGAGACUUUGUUAUCUGUUAGAGUUAGCCUACCGGAAGGGUUGUUACUACAUUGUAGAGCAGCCGGUGAGCAGCUUGCUGUUCUGCUACAAGCCCCUUCGUCGACUCCUAAAGCGACACGGGGCAAUCCGUGUCACAUGUGCCUUGGGAGCUUACCAUGCCCCAACGUUGAAGCAAGUCAUCCUCUGGGGGACAGCCCCAUUCCUUUCAGAUUUGGCUCUGCAACCAUCUCCUUUCAAGAGGAGCCAGCUGCGAAAGGUGCGAAGCUUCUUGAAGCUUGAAACUACAAAAGUCUACAUUGAUGGGAAGGGGCGCAAGCGCUGUGUCCGGGCCCCAUGUGCGGUCUGCGCAUUAGUAUAUCCAAAUUGCCAGAACACGGCCCGUCCCUUUAAAGGGAAAAUGUUUAACUUUACGCUGUUUAGAGAUAUUCCCAUAAUAUUGCCGGCUCGGGAUGUGCCCAAGAAAACCCCCUGA